AUUACAUGCACUCUAAUUUAAUAAUUCAUACGUUAUCCGUUCUUGAACUUUAAUGUGUCUUCUCAUUUCAAUAUCUUAAUUCAUAAGGAACUGAAACUGAUAAAUUCCCCAUUGGUUUCAGUUAGAGUUGGGACUCUUAAACACACUCUCACACAAACAUACACAUUGAGAGAAGGGAACCAGGGGGUCUAGCUUAGUUAAUUAAGCGGUGUGAGUGUUGUAAAUCCUCUGUACCGUUUACAGAUUAAAAAAAAACACAUUGAGAGAAGGGAAGAAGAAAAGAAAGAUGUAUGUAACUAGGCCUUUGUCAAUGUACAGAAGAUCUCCAAGUACUCUAUCAAUGCCACCACCAGAUGGUCCUUAUUCAGGUUAUCUUGUGAUCACAGAUGAGGAAGCAGAAGCAGAAGACACGUGUUGUUGGCGUCUAUGCAGGCGUAAGAAGGUUAAGAAACUACCUUUCCCUCAGGACAAAAUCUUCUCUGUCACUCAUGCAUCAGAGUAUGAACAAACUUCAAGCACCAAGGUUUGGUUUCUCCCUGUGCCUGAUCACCCUCUAGCUUCCAACCGCUACUACGUCAUCAGAGCCAAAGGCAGACAGAAGGGGAAAGCAUACAAAUGCUCAAGAGAGGCGGACAUUGUCACAUGCUGCUUCACAGACAUCUUGAAUGACCAAAGACCAAAGCCUUUCAAUCUGAAAGACUUGUACCAAAUUUUCAAGAUUCAUAGUCACCAAAGUGGUGGAUUUUUUGCUAGGUCCAUUACUCCUGAUGGCAUUCCUCCCUCAUUCCUAAGAAAAAAAGGAUGGAGAAUUAGAACAUCAGGCUCAUAUAGAUCUUGCAAGCUAAGUGAAGCUCUUGGUGUUGAUGCCCCUCUUAGGGAGAAGCUUCCAGAUUUCAACUUUCCAAUCUCUAGAAAACGUUCACCUCCUGUGACAGUAGGAAGAUGGUACUGUCCAUUCAUAUUUGUGAGGGACAAUGGAACAAGAGUCAAACACCAAAUGAAGAAGUCCAUGUACUACAGCAUGACACUUGAGCAAAGGUGGGAAGAGGUUUACACUUGUGGUAAUGAUCAUCAUCAUGAGAAGAGUGAUGAAGGGGAUGAUAAUGGUGGUGGUGGUGGUGGUGGUGUGGUUAUUGUGAAUGUGUGUGUGGAGAGAGAGGUGGUUUUGGUGUCUGGCAUGGAAGCCACAAGGAAUGGAAGCACUGAUGCCAAUGGUUUCUUUUGGUAUAGAGCAUAUGAUGCAUAUAAUAAGAGAAGGGCAAAUGUGGGGUUGAGUUCAGCAAUUGUUGAGCACAUGAGAUGGGUGCAAGAGGCUGGAGGAUGGGCUUAUGGUCAUGGAAGAGAGAGGGUGGUGAGAGUGAGGGAAGAGGCAAGAUGCCAGAGUGAAUGGCUAAGGUUUGGGUGUUAUGUGUUGGUGGAAAGUUUCUGUUUGAGGACACUUGAUGGGAAGUUAGUGUUGAGAUAUGACUUUAGGCACACACACAAGGUCAAAUGCAAAUGGGAGUAGGUUUCAUAAGUGAUUCUCAAUCAAAAUUGGAGUUUCAUCUCGAUAAUUAAGUAAUAAAGGUUAAUACAAAUUAGGAAGGUAAAACUCCAAUUAUGAUCAGAGAACAACACCAAAAAUACUAAAGAAAUUGUACCUAAGUCAAUUCGCCUUGCACAGAUUGCUGUGGUUUGUACAGGAAAUUAUGUGCUUUCUUGAGCUUUUGUGUAUUUUCUGUUAUGGAGUAGUAAAAGCUGCCGUAUGAAGCUGUGAUACAUAUGCAUGUUUUGUUAAGACUA